GGGUUGUAUGAGAGUAAUGGGUCAAUGAGGAUGGUUGGGGUGGCGGGAAUACCGAGGAAGGAGCAGCAAAUGUGGGAGAGUAAGGACAAGAGCAUAUAAGAAGCAUUCCAGGACUUGCAUGCUCUCAUGGCAAAUUGAGCAAGGCCAAAGAGAUGGUGAUGUUAGCAGAGAAAAAGAGGCAAAAGCUUUUAUUGGCUUCAAACUCACAAAGCAGCAAUACAAGUGACGAGGAAAUGGAUUCCAAAGAAGAGAUGCAAGAUUGGUUAUUGAGUGUUGGAAUUGUUUCCCCUCUCAAAAAAGGAGUCUUCCGGAGCUUUGUAUCACCAAUAAUUGUCUCGACAGAGCUGAUCUCACCUGAGGAUUUGUUGCAAGCAUGUUCUCUUUGGGAGAAGUUUGAUGUGUAUAGGUCCAUAAUGCUUCAGAAGUUUGAUAGUGGAGUCAUGGCUGUUCAGAACAAGUCUUGUAGUGAUGAAGAGGUUUUUUUCUAGAAUUAAAACCUUCAUAACAAGGCCAGAUGCCCUCCAAACUGGGAUAACUGCCAGUGAUGCUGCAAUGACAUUAGGCAUUGCUCGAGCUACGACCAAGGAGCAUCUUCUAAUUGGUGAUCAAAGGUAGGCUGCUUAACACAUUCAGCUUAGAAUAAUUUGGCUUACCUAUGAUGGACUGCCAGAUAUCAUUCGAAGGUUUAUUAAGCAGGGAUAUUAGUCCUGAUGGGUUUCAUUUUUACAUCAACCUUUUUGCACAAAUUGAUCCUAAUUUGUACUCGUAUUUCUGAUUGAUUUUGAUCUUCUCUUGGUUCUUCUCCAUCUAGUUGCUUCUAUCCUUUUUUUUUAUUAAUUUUCUUUUACUUUGCAUAUUUUAUCUUUGUCUCUUGAUGGUAUUGUAUUUUCUUUCAUUUUUGGUAUUGAAGGCAGCUUGAAUUAGCUUUUGUAUCUUUUUUGGCUCUGCUUUUUUUGUGUCAUGUAUGUAUGCGCUACUUAUUUAGAGAUUCUAUAAUAAACAGUGUAUGUAGAAAUUAUCUUAAACUUUGUAAGGUGACUUGCAUUUGUUUGGUCAUUACUUAUCAAUUAAUUGAUUACAAUGUCGAUACCUAUUUUUGUUCUGCCGUCUGCUUUUCAAAUCUUUCCUAAUGAAGUAUUCAUACAAGUACAGAGUAAAGGAUUACAGGAUUUAUAUGGCGCUGCAGCUUCUUGGAUAUUGCAUAUGCAGAAUUGGCUCUAACUCACCCAAUCCGUUUGGGACUGGCUCUGAACUUUUCUGUUUUCUACUAUGAGAUUCUAAAUUCUCAUGACCGUGCCUGCAAUCUUGUCAAGCAGGUUAGCAAAUCCUGGAUGUCAUAUGAUGUCGUCCUUGCCUAACAUGUGUUCAUAUACAGUGUUGUUUUUGUAAACUGUGGAACUUAUUUUGUUGCUAACUAAGGGACUUCGUCUGUAUCGUCAAUUUCAGGCUUUGUCUAUACGACAAAUACCUUUGUCAUUACCUUGAAAUUGAAUAGAUGAACCUUAGUUACACCCCAAUAUUUACUGAUUACACCACAUUUUAAAUAAACCCCACUUAAAAUUAUAACAAUUAUGAAUUCACCUCAUUUUGUUCUUUUUUCAAAAUUUUAUAAACUACACCCCAUAAUCUCAGUCGUUGGAUCUGACCAACGGCUGAAAUUAAAGGCAAAAAAAAAAAUUCAUCUUCUUCAUUCCUUCAAACACUAAGCCGCCUCCCUCUCUCCUUACAAAUCAAUGUCUGGUACCACCAAUUAGGAGCUUAAAGCACACGAUUUUGAAUAAAUCAUUGAAAGCAAGAGAAAAUUGUGUAUGACCAUGACCCAGUAGAGAAAAUUGUGUAUAAAUCAUUGAAAGCAAGAGAAGAACAAAACUCAGAUCUUGUAAUUUCAUUCAAUGACAAUUUCAGUCAGGUAGCAUACCCGACAUGAGCCCAGAACGAGCCACAUGGAGCGACCCAUGAAGAGACGGCCUAUGGUAGAAGAAUCCAGAAAAUUGCAUCCGGUGAAGAAGAUGGUACGAGGUUCCUGUCCAGUUCGGGGAAGGGGAGAGUACGAGAUUCAGUUGUAAUGAUAAAAAAGUGGACAUUUUCAAUCUCACCGGAUGCGACUCUGCUGUUUCAAUCGUUGAAUCUAAAGCAGGCAGCCAUGGAAGUCAAGCUCUGCAAAUGAGAGAGAGGAGGGAAAGGAAGGAGAAUGACAGAAAGAGGAGGAAAAUGGUAGGGUCGAAAGGGGUGUAUAUAGAUCAAGGUUUUUGAUGUUUUUUGGAUGUAUUUAGUGAAAUGUGGGGUGCAAUUAAAGUUCAUCAAUUGAAUAUGAGCCUUGCUUAUAUGAUAAACAAUUUUAUCCAAUAAACAUUGGUCAUUUGUAAUCCAA